GAGGAGAGGAGCGGGCUGGCUGGCUGACUGCCGGGAGGCGGCUGCAUGGCGCUCUCCCGGUGGUCGCUGGUGCCCGAGGAACCGGGCAGCGCUUUAGCGUGACUCCUCGGCGCCGCUGUCGCUGUGGGUCGCACCGGCUCGGAGCCCCCCUCCACGAAAGAAGGGAGCGGAGCGGAGCGACAGCGACAAGAUGAUCGAAACGCUUGUAACUACCGAAGCUCAGGAACUGCUGUACCAGCUCACGGCCCUGUUGGAACAGGAGUUAAGAUGUCAGCCAAAGGCCUCUGGCCUGAGACUAAUUGAAUCUGCUCACGAUAAUGGCCUCCGAAUGACUGCAAGGCUGCGAGACUUUGAAGUGAAAGACCUCCUCAGCUUAACUCAGUUCUUUGGCUUCCAUACAGAGACGUUUUCACUAGCUGUGAAUUUCUUAGAUAGAUUCUUGUCAAAGAUGAAGGUACAGCCUAAACACUUGGGCUGUGUUGGACUCAGCUGCUUCUACUUGGCUGUGAAGGCAUCAGAAGAAGAGAGAAAUGUUCCCUUAGCCACUGACUUAAUUCGAAUAAGCCAGUAUAGGUUCACUGUUUCCGAUAUGAUGAGAAUGGAGAAAAUCAUAUUGGAGAAGCUGUCUUGGAAAGUCAAAGCUACAACAGCCUUCCAAUUUCUGCAACUAUAUCAUUCACUCAUUCAUGAGAAUUUAAGCUGUGAAAGGAGAAAAUACCUCAAUUUUGAGAGACUUGAGACCCAGCUCAAAGCAUGUCACUGCAGAAUCAUGUUUUCAAAAGCCAAGCCUUCUGUCUUGGCACUGUCUAUUAUGGCACUAGAGAUAGAAGAACAAAAACUACUGGAGUUGACAGAGGCAUUGGAAUUUCUGCAGUUGCAUUCCAAGAUAAAUAACAGAGAUUUGACCUUCUGGAAGGAACUGGUGUUAAAGUGCCUUACAGAAUAUUCCUCGAGCAAGUGUUCCAAACCAAAUGUCCAGAAAUUAAAAUGGAUUGUGUCUGGACGUACAGCACGGCAGCUUAAACAUAGCUACUACAGAAUAACACAUCUUCCUACAAUUCCAGAGACCAGCUCGUAAUAGGAGUACAAUAAAAUGAGGAGAGAACCAUCCUGUGACCUUGUUAACAGACACAUGAAUAUCUGAGAAACCAAGUCUGAAACAUGAUCUUAAUAAUGAAGAACUCAACUCAUGGAAAGAAUAUGUAACAUUUCAGACUAAAGAUCAUUCCAGCAAAUAUGUUCUUUGAAUAUUGUUGUAGUCAUCAUGAAGUGUCAGUUUUCAGUCUUAUUUGUUAGACUGUUUACUGUUCAGUGAAAUACCACAAUACUGAUACAAGGAAUUUUAACACCUUAUAGUUUAUAGAGCAGCUUGUAUAGUCUAACCUUGGUUUACUGUAAUUGCAGAUGAAUUAUAUAAUUAAUUUUUAAAAAAUGGUUUACUUUCCAAAGAUUACGUGACACUAGGAAAACAUCAUGUGCAGUAGCACAGUGCUCCAGUGUCUCAAUCAAACUAAAGACUAAUCCUGCUCAAUACUGAUGACAAUAGCAAAUGUCUGUCAGUCCACCUGACGGGCUGUUUGGGUAGUGUCACAUGUCUGCAUGUUCCUGCUGGGCAGGGCACUGGCCUUCUACCACAGAAACAUUAAAAAGUAGGCGAUGUGAUACCCACUGAACAUGUCAAGUCGCUAGAGCAGGAGGAAAGAGAAACCUUAUUUCAUUGCCUUAUAAAAGGUAGGCAGCAACUUCAGUAUUUUGUAGGAGGUGUAGUUUACGAGAUUUACAAAUUAUAGAGUGAAAAAACCUCAUGAUACCUAAUAAGGGCUGAGGGAAAGUACUGGGUCACCUGCCCCAAAUCUGACAUCAGUCUUGCAAAGUUUCACUGUACAAGAGGUAAAUGUUGAUUAUGAACAGGUGCAUUUUUACAGGCACAGUAGGAGCUGGGCUAAUGUCCCAUCUUGGCCUGUAUGUAGGAGCAAUCUAGUUGAGAAACACUGAAGAGUGCUUCAACUCUGAUCUCUUUAAUGCUAAGCUUUGUAAAAUACAACUGUUUUUUCUGAAGACCAGAUCAGUACUUGAGGCAUAUCAUGCUUCUGGUGCUAACAAGGAAGUGAAUAAUAAGUAUGUGUUACUGUAUGUAAGCUGAAUAGAGGUGUUGGGGGGGAAUGUUGCUAAUGACCUCUUCAAUUCUGCGUCACUGUGGAGCAGAGGUGGUUAGCAAUAGGCUGUUAAUAACUGAUUGCCAUAUGAACCUACUCAGUGGAGAAGAAGAGAUCAGAAUGUUCUGAAUAUAGUGUGGGCUUAGAUGUUAGCCAACCAACCCAUUCCCCUUUAGGGUAAUAGCUGAGGGGGAAACCACUCUUUGCAUAUCUCAAACUAGCUAAACCUUUCACAGAAGACUUUGUACCAAAGCUCUAUACGGGACAAAUCAAGCCUUUUCAUGAACUCAUGGGAAUGAUUACACCGCAAAACGUGUAAUUGGGUUUUGCAUCUGCCAGUGCUAUCUGCAUUGUGCUGGCCUGUGAAAAGCAUACAAAUGAUUUGGACAAAGGUGUGGUCAGCCUACUGGGAGAGAUGGAGAAGAUUUAAUGUGCAAUUCUAGUUGUCAUGUCUCAAUAUUAAGAUAUGUACCUUUCAAUUAAACAUUGAAAUGUGCUUAA